AUGCUUAAUUUGACAAGGGGACAACAUCAAAGAUCCGCGAUGUCCCUCGAAGUGAACAAGGCUCAAGAAAAACUAACGGACAGAUUCAUAAGACCGUGUCGUCUUAGAGUCCACGCCAAUUCUCCAGCUCUACGUGAAGCCAUGUCGUUGAAGGCUCUUCAUGCCUGUCAGCUUUUUGCAACGCUGUCAACCCUCGCGUUCGCAAUCAUCCUGCAGAGUUCCGAAGCCGCUACCGAUGACCUGCCCGGAUUUACUCGCAGUGUGGUGGCAAGGGACCACGCCCUGAUCACACCGGAAAGUCGAGUUUUCAGCCCACUGCCCGGAUGGGAAAACACUCUCUCAGCACACCUCGUUACCCCUGCCAUUGGUGCACACUUCGCCAUGUCUCUGAUUCGGCUCUCAGGCAAUGCCUCCUCCGCCCCUCCAGUGGUUGGAGUGGAGAGGUUUGUGUUUGUGGUAUCAGGGCAGGUCAGCUUCACUCAGUGCGGGGCUCCAGGAGAGACCAGUGAAGGAGGUGCGGCCAAUGAGUGCGCGUCAGCUGGCGAUGCUGGGAGCGCCUCCACCUGUACAAGCUCCAUUGUUCUGCAGGAGGAUCUUGCGGCCGACUCGUAUGUGUAUCUGCCUCCAAACACUCCCCACUCGUUGGCCUCUGCGUCUGGAGCUACACUCGUGCUCAUUGAACGCAGGGCUGAGCGGUCACCGAAUGGGGCGCACCUCUGCUUGGCGUCUGCGUCUGGAGACUGGAGACUGGAGCUACACUCGUGCUCAUUGAACGCAGUACUGCCCUAUCUCAGGUACUGCCCUAUCUCGGGCUUCGCUACAGCCUCAGGGGUGGAGAGCGGUUCAGAGGGGUUGGCGGUGGUGGUGGGACAGACGCACAAGCAACCCAUCCUGCCAGUCCCUGGGGAGGUUUUUGCUCUUCGCAAGCUGCUUCCCUCCACCAUUGCCUAUGACUUCAAUAUUCAUAUCAUGGAUUUUGAACCUGGGGAAUUCCUUAAUGUGAAGGAGGUGCAUUACAAUCAGCACGGACUGCUGCUGCUGGAAGGGCGGGGAAUAUACCGCUUGGCUGAUAGCUGGUAUCCCGUCCAAGCAGGCGACGCCAUUUGGAUGGCCCCUUUUGUUCCCCAAUG